GGUCGCUUUCUGUUCCUUCCGCUUUCAUCAACGAAUCAUCUCGUACGUACGCGCGCCAAGAAACGGUACUAAAACCUCUGCAACGUAUAAGCGCAGACAGACGUACACCACCAUGCGUGCCAUGCACACAGACGGUGAUCAGUGAUCACAAACCAACCGAGCGUACACGCGCGCCGCCACCGCCAUGUCGGUGCCACACCCGACCGCCGGCGGCCGCUUCCUCCGCCCGCUCCCGGCGGAGCGGCCGCACCUGACGCGCUGCACGAAGCUUAUCUGCUCCGCCUUCCUCACCGCCCUUCUCCUCGCCGGCGUGAUCCUCUUCGUCGCCUACCUAGCCGUGCGUCCGCACAGGCCGCGCUUCCACGUCGCCUCCCUCACCGCCGCCGGCCUCCAGCAGCCCGGCGGCGCGGUGGUACUCUCCGGCCGGCUCUCCAUCCGCAACCCGAACCAGGACGUGGCCUUCUUCUACGACCGGCUCGACAUGUCAGUGCGCUACCGCGCGUACGGCGACGUCGUCAAGGACCACGACCUCAACGGGGCGAUGCCCAUGUACCAGCCGCCCAAGACCACGUCGGACCUCGCGUUCGAGGGCGUGGCCGUGCCGGCAGGCCCCGCCGCGGCGGACAUGGCGGCAGCGGCGGCCAAGGAGGGAGGAGGCGUGGUGGCGCUGACGGUGAAGGUCCGGUCCAGGAUCCGGUCCAAGGUGGCCUUCUGGGGGUCCCACUGGCACCCGCUCCACGUGGCCUGCGAUGUGGCACUGGGGCCUGACGGGCAGCUGCUGCCCGAGGGCCAGCAGAAGCGCUGCAGCAUAGACUUUGUCUAGAUGUAAAUACACGAAUGUUGUACGUACUCGUUUGAUUUCACAAGAAUGGG